GGUAAUCUGAUAAAAGAGUGAAAUUACAAACAGUGCUAUUAACUCAAAUGAAACAAGAUGUUGGUUUAGAUUACAACAAGAAAUCAGUGAAAUGCAUGAAAGCAUGCUUUGCAUAGUGAAAGCUAUGAGUUUUCUGUUACCAUGAUCGCAUCCACCCUCAUCUCACCCACAGGUGAUGCGGAGUUAAUAGCGCACCGAUGAACGCGUGGGAGAGACUCCUAUCUCAUUACGUUCGACAACUUCAUCCGGUACAAGAGGCAUUACUUGUUUGAGACUGUAGUUAUUUCAACUUCUUGAGAAGCAGGCAUGGAUACAGCGCGGGCAGCUAGGACGCAUAUUAUCUGGACAUCGAUAGCUUUGGUCUUUAUUUUAAUCGCAUCGUGCUUGGCAUAUGUUUUCAUGUCGAAGGUGCCUGGAUGCCAAAGAAUAAACAUCGUGAAUGUCUCUGAAAGUACAGAAAUGAUGUUCAGACAUCAAGUCUCUCAAGAACACUGGCUUCUAAAAGCUCAGAGUUACAGUCAGGCAGAUCAUCGUUUGAUCUGGGAAGAUGAGUGGCUGGGAUACAGGGAUGAGAGUGAGAGUAUUCUGGACCAGACCAACAUGUGGAUGGUCAUUCGAGAGAAAGGUGUCUACCUGGUCUACAUACAAGCUAACUUCAUUCUAAAGCCACAGAAGAAUAACAGUUCUACUGUAGAACUCAAAAUUGUAGUGGAUUUCAGUUAUGAUGGGACGAAGGAGGUGUUUUCAGCUGCACAUGACACUCAGGUGGUGAGUGACAACUCGUUUCCAGACGCAAAGCUCAACACUUUCCUUCUGAUGAAAAUGCAGUCAACAAGCCAGUUAUCAGUGAGAGUAUUUCCAAGUCAUUUGGUGAACUACCAACCCAGACCCUUCUCCACCUUUAUCACUAUCAUAAAAUGGGCAGACGACUGGUAGACUGUUGCAUAUAUUGCAGAAGUGAUUGGCUUUCCAGGUGAAAACCAUAUCCAUCUCCAAUUUUUACAAUGACGGUUGUUCUUAUAUUCUUAUUAGCUUUAAAUGUGACAUUUUGAGUGGACGCGGUCUCAAGAUCAGCUGCUAGAACACCUGAGAUUUUCCAGCUGUUGUACUAGGAAAUGCUCGCUGACAUUAACAAGGAUUGCGUGGGGGGUUGUGAUACUUUCUUGGUGUUUUUUCUUCUUUCUUUCGAAAUAUCAAGAUCACAUCUCAUGAUCUUCUCAGAAGCAUGACACAUUUUCCUCUCAACAGAUAUAUGAGUUAGGUUUGUUUUGUUUCAGUUUUUUUAUGAGUCAAGACCAAAAAGGGCAUGAUGUACUGUUUAUGAGCACUGACUUUGAAGAUUCUCAUGUAUUACUUACAUAAAAGAUGUCAUAACUGCCUGCAAACAUUGUUUUACAAAACAGUAGUAAGCUAAUUCUGAGCAAGUGGGUAUUUCUUUAGUGAAAUGCAUCUUCCUGUAUAUAUAAUCAUGCAGUAUUUUAAUUAUCGACAGCUGAAUGUAAACACCUCUUAACACCCUAUCUUUGUCCAGCAUCAGUGUUUGAUAUAAAUGCUCAUUGUGUCAAAUGCUAAGGCUAUGGAGCAAUAUUUUAUUGUGUAAAUUUGCGCUUCUUUUUUAAGACAAGAAAUCAGCAUUUUAUUUUGUCAAAGUUCUUGAAAUGUGGUGCCAGUUUUUAGCUGUAAGCAGAUUCAUCCAGCCACAGAAGCAAUUAUUUGUUUAUGAAUGUGAUGGAAAUGUUUUCUGAUGGAGGUGGUGAAUGUCUAGGGGUGGUAGUGGUGAUGUUUUUUUCACAUAAAAAAAUACCACUAGUUACACUAAUCCAAUCAGUCAAGCAAGCCGUAUGAAUCUGAACAACAUCAGCUGUUUUAAUGAGACAGUGGAGUGUUUUUCUUUUCCAGCGAGUGUGAAAGUUUCUUUUCCAAACCCAGUAUUUUUUUCUGUCAGGAAAAUACCAUUUAUGAUGAUUCAUACUUUUUUGUAUUCAGAUGACCCAAACCAGCUGGCGGAAUCUAAAGAAGAUAUUUAAAAUAAGAGAGUAAAUGUAAUGCUUUUUUUUUCUCUCUCUCUCUGUAUGACAGUUUUGUUCUUUCACCGCUAAGCCCUUAUACAUGUUAUAACUAAAAAGGUAAUUGUUCACGCUGAGUGAUUUCAAUUGACUACUUUUUUUUACUGUUCUCAA